AUGGCCGGGCAGCCUCCGCGCUCCGGCCGGAAGAUGCCACCGCGCGCCGCGGGGCGAGCCCGACGCCGGAAGCGGCGGCUGCAGCCCCCGACCUGGGAGAUAUCGGACUCGGACAUCGAGGGCCCCGCGGGCGAGGAGGCCGCCGCCAGGGUCCGAGACCCGGCGGAAGAGCACAGGGCGGCGGCCGAGGUGCUGCGGCGGCUGCGGCCGGAGCAAGCCGUGCGGCGCCUGGUGGUGCUCAUGGACCCAGCCAUUCUGGAAGAUGCCGGUGCCGACAUCCUGAUGGAGGCUCUGGACGCCCUGAGCUGUGAGUGCCGCGUGGAGCCCGAACGCCCUGCAUGGAGCCUCGGGUGGAGCAGAGUGAAGCCAGACCCUUGCUCCCUCAGUGUGCCUCCUGAGGUGUGGGCUGCGGAUGAGCAGGACUGGCUGCUGCUGCUGGAGCCUGAGGAGUUUCUGCAGGGCGUUGUCCAGCUGACCCAGACAUGUGGCCCAACCUGUUCUGUGCCCUGGAUCAGUCCUGAGAGCCCUGCCUGCCUCCACCUGGCUGUCAUUGCUGAUGUUUACCUGUGGUCUUACCAGUCCAGUACCCAGGAGGCAUGGCAGCCAGAGCAUCUAGUGGUGACUCGUGCCUAGGUGGCAGUUGGCUGGCCCGAGGUGGAGGUGGCCCUGGUGCUUCUGCAGCUCUGGGCAAACGUGGAUGUGCUGUUGGUGGCCUCCUGGUAGGAGCUGAGUCAGCAUGUGUGUGCCUUCACCAAGGCCCUCACCCAGCGUCCCUUCAAGUGUGUGACCCUCACCCUGCUGGGGGCUGCAGCGGGAGGGAUGGGAGUGCCGGGCGGGGUGGCAGUCCUGGGCAGGGUGGCGCCUCUCUGGCCUCUAGAGCAGAGGGGGCUGUGGGUUUUGUUGAGCUGGGGGCGGGGCGCUCAGGCAGUCCCGGGAGUUGCACCACCACGUGCUGGGCAGCAGCCGAGAAGAGUGGCAAGAGAUGGCACCGGCCUGCGGGGGGCCUGCUGGCAGCAGAUCAGGCAGUUCAACUGCGUCAGCCCGGCUGUGGCCAAUGCUGUUGUUGCUGCCUUCCCUUCCCCCUGCCUUCUGCAACAGGUGUGCGUGGCCUGUGGCAUGGAGCAGGGGUGCCUAGCCCUCCUGGCUGACCUCCCAGUAAGGAUGGGCAAGGGUGUGCGGCCCCAUAGGUUGGGACCUGACCUCUCCUGCUGCAUCUGCCUCUUCCUGAUGACCACCAUCCCCGACCUCCCGCUGGACCUGGGCUCCUGACCACGCCUGUGGUACCUGACGGGCCCUUCUCCCACCUACCGGCAGGACUGAAUGCAGCCCGCCCAGGGAACAGACUAGAAACCACGAGCGGUGGUGUGCGGGAGCAAGACACCCAGUAUGACCUGCAUCGGGGCUCUCAGACAGGAGAUGCCAAGCCAGCUGGAAAGUCUGGAGAAGAUGUGGGCAGGGCUCAUAUGCCCUGGGCCCUGUACACACUGGCAGAGGGGCUCCUAGCCAGCUACGACAGGCAGGAAGGGCUGGGCAGCCUCAGGGCCCCACAGGGCAAAUGCCGGUCACCUGGAGGCUGCGGGGGAGGGGGAGGCAGGCCCCUUCAGAAAGGAGAAGUAUUAAGACAAGGUCUUGAGGGAGAAAAGAGAACCAGGCCGUGACUCCUCAAGGGUGUUGUGACCCGCCCCCCCACAACAGGAGAAAAGCUGUGGACACCUGUGAGCCCCAGGCCUCAGUCCGACCCCUUUCAUUCCAU